CGCACUAUGAUAUUGUUUGGGCGCAAAGGGGCGCGUGCCAUGCAGCCCCCGACUAGCAACAAGGGCUUCCGGGAUAGAGGGGAGCGGUGGUGUGGAAGUGGUUGCCUGCGGCGCUGUUGCUGAAGGAAAUGACGUCAUUGAUAGGCGCCUCCCGCGGCCUACCCAGCUGCUCCUUGGUUCGCCAGCGGCAGCUUAAUCCCGCCUCUGAAACGCGUACGCUGGCUGGAAGCGUAGAAGGGAGAGUGGGCGAGGCUCCGCCCCUGUGGUGGUGUGCUUUUCGUUGGCGUGUGUUUUGGGGUUGCCAUCGGCCAGUAGUAUGUUAAAAUUGUUUUUCAGAGGCACCAAAUAAUGUCAUCUGAAAUGUUGCCAGCAUUUAUUGAAAAUUCUAAUGUUGACAAAAAGCAAGGCAUAAAUGAACAUCAAGAGGAAAGCCAGAAGCCAAGAUUAGGUGAAGGGUGUGAACCAAUAUCUAAACGACAAAUGAAAAAACUAAUAAAACAGAAACAAUGGGAAGAGCAACGGGAACUCCGCAAACAAAAGCGGAAAGAAAAACGCAAGAGGAAAAAAUUGGAGCGACAAUGUCAAAUGGAAUCAAACUCAGAUGGAAAUGACAGAAAACGUGUUCGAAGAGAUGUUGUUCAUAGCACCCUUCGCCUUAUUAUUGACUGUAGUUUUGAUGACUUGAUGGUAUUAAAGGACAUUAAGAAACUUCAUAAGCAGAUUCAACGAUGUUACGCAGAAAAUCGACGGGCACUGCAUCCUGUGCAGUUUUACUUGACAAGCCAUGGAGGCCAGCUGAAAAAGAACAUGGAUGAAAAUGACAAAGGAUGGGUCAACUGGAAGGAUAUCCAUAUCAAACCAGAGCACUAUAGUGAACUCAUAAAAAAAGAAGACCUGAUUUAUCUUACAUCAGAUUCACCUAAUAUACUGAAGGAAUUAGAUGAAUCAAAGGCCUAUGUGAUUGGAGGAUUAGUAGAUCACAACCAUCACAAGGGACUCACAUAUAAACAAGCAUCAGAUUAUGGAAUCAAUCAUGCACAGCUCCCGCUUGGAAAUUUUGUGAAGAUGAAUAGUCGAAAAGUUUUGGCAGUUAAUCAUGUGUUUGAGAUUAUUCUGGAAUACCUGGAAACAAGAGACUGGCAAGAAGCAUUUUUUACUAUCUUGCCCCAACGGAAAGGAGCUGUUCCCACAGACAAAACCUGUGAAAGUGCUUCUCAUGACAGUCAGUCUGUCAGGAUGGAGGAGUGUGAAUCGGACAGUGAUUCCAGUGAGGAGGAAUAUAGCAGAAAUGAACUAGAUUCACCACGUGAAGAAAAGCAGGAUAAGGAAAAUCACACUGAAUCUAUAGUGAACUCUCUGCCACACUAAUGUUACCUGGUUUCCUUUUAGUUUAAGGAAAAAUUAGGAGAAAGCGAGGUGCUGUAUAGAAUAUUGAAAUUGGAAGAACAUUUUAUUUUCUGUUAUUUCUGAUGUGAAUUUUAAAAACUGUUUUUUGGACCUAAAUAAUAAUAAAAAAGCCCUUUAAACUUUGUAGGAAAAUAUUUUUGAUUUAGAAUAAGAAGAUUUAAAUGUGUAUUUUUUUUGUUUGUUUUUAAAGCCUCAAAUAGUAGUUUCUAGAUAAUUUUACUUUAUUAAUAUAUUUUCAUAUUCUUUAGAAUGUGCCUUCUGACCUUUCAGUUUUUGAAUUUUACAGUCACAUCAACAUCUUUAUGAUCUAUUGCCUAUGUAUCUGUGAGGGCAUAUAUUCAUAAAUAUACUGUCAAUCUAUCAGAAUGUUGUGUAUGGUAGGUUACCCUCUAUUUGUAGCUUUUAUGUUUAACUUAGUUACUUGAAAGAAAUGUAGUAAUUUUAGGAAGAAGUAUCAGUUUGAUAGACUUAGUUCAUUUCUUUUGGACUGUGGAGCGCAUAUCUGUUCCUUCUUUGUGAUGCCUUUUUAUGGUUCUGGAGUAAUUACUGAAGAGUUGAGAAUCUCUUUAAUGCAUUUUCUUAAUUCUUACAAUGGUGAUAAGUUACUUCAAUUUUAAAAUUGAAUUUUGCAGACUAAAUUAUUUUGUAAGGCUGUUGCUAUUGAAAGAUCAGUUUUGUCUUUACCUGCAUUUAAAAUGGAACAGCUUUUAGCAGCUGUGAUUUUUUUUUCCAUAUAUAUUUUUAAUUUGUUGGCUCUUAAGAUGAAUAAACUUUAUAUGUGCAUCUGCCUCCUCUCCUAUAAGAAUAUGCAUACUAAUGUAUGUUUUUAUAAAUCAAAUACACAUGUGAAAAUAUGCAUGUAAAUAUAUUUACAUCUGUCCUCAUCAUGUAUGGUUCUCAGUAUUAGUUGAUGAUAACAUGAUUGAUUUGCCAUAUAUCUGUAUUACUUGAAUAAUACUGAAAUACUUUAUUAUUCUGUAAUACUGAAUACUUAUUGUAUUACUUGAAUGGUUGUGUUGAACACCCUAAGAACAAUUUGAAUUUUAUUAAGUACAAAAAUCCUUAACUAAACAUUUGUAUGGGAAUGUUGGCAAAAAAUAAUAGUGUAAAAGGGAGCUGUUUUAGUUUCCUAUCAGUAAUUGUUUAUGCAGUUAAAUGUUUAAGGUAAAAUGGUCUCUGUCACAGCUAAAAGAUUUCAGUAGCCUUCAUUGAGUUUGGGUAAAAUGAGUUGCUGUUCUUUUGUCUUCUUUUUAAUAUAUAAAAGUUGUAUUUUAAAAAUGUGUAAUAAACUAUAUAUGUUACAUACUAACAUAUAUACACACACAGAAGGUUUAUUGGAUUUAGUACUGAUAUUUACUGUCUAUUUUUGUUACUUUGUUCUUAGUAAUCUAUUAUAGUUACCUAUUUUAAGGUGAGGUCUAUAGGCAAGAUAUGUAAGUAAAGACAAGCCCUACAAUUUUAAAAUAA